AGGAGGAAAGACCAGCCAAGACAUGUUCUCCAUGUGCACCAAGGUAAAGUCGCGGAGCGCGGAUGCGGACGGCUCGUUCAUGCUGCAGUCGCAGCAGCUGCAGCUGCAACAGCCCCAGGCGAUGGGAACUAGCGGGAAGCAAAUCAAAGGCGGCUACCUACUGCGCUAUAAAAAACAAAUGUUCUGGAACCGCUGGGCCGAGGAGUGGGUGGUGCUGUAUGAUGACUCGACCAUGGCCUGGUUCACGGAACCAGGUCGCUCCUCCCCAUCGGGCAAGAUUCUGGUAAAAGAGGCUCCCGAAAUGCUGGCAAUCGCCCACUGGACUGGCCAGAUACCACGUCGUCCGCCGCUGCCGGCUGGAGUAAAUGUCUCGCAGCUGAUUGCCCUCGGAUCCCAGCGCAAGCGUUCCAAGGUCUACUGGAUGCUGGCCAAGUCUGAGCAGGAGGUAGGCGACUGGAUCGAUGCGAUCACCAAGACCCUGCCGCCGCCACCACAAAUCGAGCUGGUGGUGGACAAGCCGCAUUUAAUGAACGUACUUCGGCGUCCGCUAGUGCGCAUUAGACCUGCCACUCAGUCGGAGGUGAAACAGCGCAAGGCUGCGGCUCACGGCAGCAGCAGUGGAGCCAGCGGCAGCAAACACCAUCGCUGCACCUCGUCCGCGGUGACCACGAUGCUUUUCAGACAAACCCAGAAUCCGCUGGUGAAAAGCGACGCGGCGGUGGCCAUUCUCAGCAAGAAGCCGGACUCAAAGGCCUCGCUGGCCUGCGCCCUGCCCUGGGGUCAUGGCUGGGGAUGGGCCACGCUGCCGAAUGGGGUGUGGAGCGGCGGACUCACCUGGUCGCAGUGCGAGGACACCUUUACACUGCAUGCCCUGCCCACCACCCACUGCACCAAUCUUAUCGACACCUCGUGCAGCGGAGCCGUCUACCACACAGACAUCGGCGGCUUUGACUUCCACUCAUCGGGCGUGGACGACAUUGGGGGCGAGGACUUCGACUAUGCCAUGGACUGUGGCGAUUUCAUAUUUUAAACUCCCUCCAGGCCAACAUAUUCAGGCGGAACAGAUGCUUCCGUGCAUCAAGGAGCUCAGUAACUGGUAAUCGCUUAGGUAUUAUUCAGCUGUGCUCUUGCUCACCCCGGAGUGUCAGGGACGUUGCGUAUACGACGUUGCGUAUACGACGUUGCGUAUACGACGUUGCGUAUACGACGUUGCGUAUACGACUCGUUAGGUCAGUUGAGCUAAUCCAGAUAAUCCCUUAACUUCCUCAAGCUGUUAAACAGCAACAGCAGCUCCCUAUAUUUUUUUUGAGUGCGCUAAAAUGUAUACCCAGCGGUUGCGGUUAAGCUAUAAAAUUUUUCCACUGCCUAAAAAAAGCUAUGGAAUUGUGUGUUAGGUUUUUGGUAUAUGUUCCAUAUAUGUAUAUCUAAAUCAAUUGCGAUUAUCCUAAAAAAAGACAAGUAUUUUAUUUUUAUUUUCAAUAAUAGUAAUUACCUAAUCGGCAUGAUUUUAGCGAAAUUUAUUAAGGUGUUUAUUUAGAAAAUUCCACCUUUGCCUUUGUUUUGACCGCAACCGCUGCUCGGUAUAUCUAUUUGUCUCGAUGUAAACCCAUAUAUGAAUGUAUAACUUAAACUACACACUCGCAAACCUCAAAGCCACAACACAACCCGCAGAACCAUACCCACCCAACCGCAACACGCCUUCCUAGGCGCAGUGUCAACCACAGGUAUUUGAAAUGCGAAAAUAUUUUUGCAACGCGCAUAUAAGUAGGCUACAGAAUAUUUUUGCAACAUAAAAUGAAAACGUGACAGUAGCAGCGACAAAACGAAUUAAAAACGAGACGAACAACGCACAGUGGUCGGGCCCAUAGGCCAAAAAUAAAAAAAUUGAUUUUGAGCUAUUCAAGCGAAACAUGGUUUUUCUAUCAGCUGAUUGUCCAAAGUUUACCAUGCAAUACGGUCUACUUGGAAUUUCUAACGGGACUUUCUGAAAAUAGAUUGACAAAAGCGUUUUUGUAUUCAUGCACUUUUAAUUUGUCAGCAGUGGAGUGCACAGACCAAAUUUAAAAAUGUAAACUAUAAUAUAAAACGCUGUUGAACCAAAAAAAAUUGGACUGGAUAUGGUAGAUAAAGGUAUAUACUUUAUUUGUACAGAAAAAUAUAUAUAUAAUUUGUGUUGUGUUUCGUGUAAAUCUUUGUUAAAAAAGUGCGUCUUUUUAGUUCGUAAAUGUUGGGUUUACGUAAAGUUUUAAGUAUUUUCCCCCCGUUGCCCCCAAAUGAAAUUUAUGUGCCGUCAUUAACUGAUAUUUAAAGAUUAUAAAAAUGUUUACUUUAGCUGCGGCUACCUGCGGCUGCAAAUUUGCCAUUACAAAACAAAUUACCCUAAUUUUUUAGCCAAUAAUCCGGGUUGUAAUAGAAAAUCGGGAAAAAAUUUUAAAAAUAAAAACGUCACCUGAGUACCUCGGAGCACUUAUCCUUUAGUGAAUACAAUACAUUUUUUUGAUAUCUGAUGUGUUUGUGGACAGCUAGGAUAGGAUGUACACCGAAAAUAAACUUU